GCAUUCGCCGACCGCUCGCCAGUUCCCAGGAGGGCCUUGCCUCCUAAUGUAGCCGGAUUCGCUUCCACUGUAACGGACGAGAGGGAGAGGCCCGCGAAACGUGCUGUUUGUAGUCACGGAGGUAAUUGGGGCUGUUACCUUGAUAAAGUUGUCGUGGCGUGGACAGAGCGACAGAGGGAAAAGAACUAUAGGGAGAAAGGUAUAUAUUGUGGAAGAAAAUAUUGAGUGAAUUGGUAAUUGAACCACUGAAAAUAAAUGGCACAGAGUUUGUCACAUCUCUUCUAGAGAAGAUGACCCAUUAGAUUUUCUGAUUCUUAAGAAACAGCACAUAUCUUAAGAUGGCAGCCCAGAGGAUUCGUGCUGCUAAUGCCAGUUGCCUCUCACGAUGCAAAUCUGAGGGGAUGCUGAUAGACCUGAACGAAGAAUUUUUAGAAACCAGUUUGAAUUCAAUCAAAGUGCCUUCUCCUGGUGCCUUGAUGACAGAUAGUUCUACAUCAUUGGGAACGGCAAAGGAAGUUAUAGCUAUUAAAGACUAUUGUCCAAACAACUUUACUACAUUGAAGUUUUCCAAGGGAGAUCAUCUGUAUAUCUUAGAUACCUCAGGAGGUGAGUGGUGGUAUGCACACAAUACCACAGAAAUGGGCUAUAUCCCAUCCUCCUAUGUGCAGCCCAUAAACUAUUGGAACUCAUCAUUAACUGACAGUGGAAUGAUAGACUAUCUCCUUGAAAAUUCUAAUGAAGGAGCAAAGGAGCUGGAUCUGCUUGGAGACUGGUCAGAUGCAAAGUGGAACUUAGCUAAAAACAAUCCUUUUUUGAACAGUACUCAAACUACUAACCAUUUUCUGAAUGGAAAUAUGAAAGAAAUGUCAGAAAAAAGCAAAGAAGAUUCCCCCCAAAUCACAAUGGAUUUGUUACUCUUUGAUACAGUGCCAACAUUUACAGGGUCAAAACCUGCAGCACAUAGCAGUGCAGGUAAUAAUCUUGAUAAAGUGCAUGAAGUGAAUGGAUUUGAUUUUGAGCAACCAAACAGACGAGACAAUCCUUUUUUUAGAAGCAAACGCUCAUACAGUUUAACAGAGCUCUCUAUACUUCAGGCAAAAUCAGAAAGUCCUUCUUCAUCAGGUUUCUUUACUGGAUUGAAAUCUCCUACUCCAGAGCAAUUCCAAACUAGAGAAGAUUUCAGGGUUGCAUGGCUAAGUCAUCGGAAACUAGCAAGAUCAUGCCAUGACUUGGAUCUGCUGGGUCAGAACCCUGGUUGGGGUCAGACACAACCUGUGGAGACCAACAUAGUUUGCAAACUGGAUAGUUCAGGUGGUGCAGUUCAACUUCCAGAUACAAAUAUUAAUAUUCAUGUACCUGAAGGACAUGUGGCUGAUGGAGAUUCACAACAGAUCUCUAUGAAAGCUCUAUUGGAUCCGCCACUGGAGCUCAACAGUGACAAAUGCAGUACCAUAAGUCCUCUGCUAGAAAUUAAACUGAGCAACAUGGAAAUCAGAACACCCAUUAUAUUGGAAAUGAAAAUUUCAGCAGAAGUUAACAAUGAUAUUGUGAGCAAGAAUUUAGUAGCGAUAAGGUGCCUGAGGAGUGAUAUGAAGGAAGGCCCAUAUACUCCAAUGGUGCUAAGUUACUGUUAUGGAGGCACAAUCAAGAUUCAGUUGGAGAACCUGGAGCCCUGCAUGUAUAUAGCUGUUGUAGCCCAAGGACAGAACAUUUCAUAUCCUUACACAGUUUGGGAUUAUAUAAGUAAAAAAAUUACAAUUGGGGUCUAUGGUCCAAAACACAUACAUCCUUCAUUUAAAACUGUAGUUGCUGUAUUUGGACAUGACUGUGCCCCAAAAAGUCUUCUAGUGAAUGAAGUUACAUGUCAAGUACAUAGUACAGCACCUGUAAUGCUGCACCUGUGGGGAAAGCACCAGUUCUUCUUAGUAAGGCCACAAGACCUAAAACUUUGUAUGUUUUCAAAUAUGCCUAAUUAUGAGGUGAAAGCCAGUGAUCAGGCAAAAAUGGUGAGAGGAUUCCAAAUGAAGCUUGGCAAAGUCAGUCGCCUCAUUUUCCCUAUCAUAUCACAUGAUCCUAAUGAGCUGUCUGAUUUUACUUUAAGAAUACAAAUCAAAGAUGACAAAGAUAUUAUGCUUGCUCAGUUCUCUGUACAGACACCUCACCCACUUCUUAAAAAUGCUGCUAAGUCCACUGGACAGCGAAGGUUUCUGAAAAAAAAUGAAAUUGGGAAAAUAAUUUUGUCUCCUCUUGUGACCACCAGCAAAUAUCCUGUUUUCCAAGAUCGGAUUGUAACUGGUUUAAAAUAUGGCAAAAUGCUGAAAACAGUAGUGAGGCAAAAUAAGAAUCAUUAUCUCUUGGAGUAUAAGAAAGGAGACACUAUAGCUUUGCUAAGUGAGGAGAAAAUCAGAUUGAAAGGUCAGCUCUGGACCAAGGAAUGGUACAUUGGAUACUAUCAUGGUAAAAUUGGCCUAGUCCAUACUAAAAAUGUUUUAAUUAUUGGAAAAGUCAAACCAAAUUAUUUCUUUGGACCUGAGCUUACCACAGGUAUGUUGCUGGAGCAAAUCCUAAGACCUUGCAAAUUUCUGACGUAUAUCUAUGCUUCAGUAAGGACUUUGCUGAUGGAAAAUAUUAGCAGCUGGCAUGCCUUUGCAGAUGCUCUGGGAUAUGGAAACUUGUCACUUGCUUUUUUCUGUCGAGCAGAAUUGGACAGUGAACCAGAAUGUGUUGCUUCUGUGUUGGAGAAAUUGAAAGAGGACUGUAAUAAUUCAGAAAGUAAAGAUAAGAAAUCUUUCCAGAAAGAACUGAUGUCAGCAUUAUUGAAAAUGGACUGUCAAGGCUUGGUUGUCAAGCUAAUUCAGGAUUUUGUUCUUCUGACUACAGCUGUAGAAGUGUCUCAGCGCUGGAGAGAACUUGCUGAGAAAUUGGCUAAAGUUUCUAAGCAACAGAUGGAUGCCUAUGAAGCUCCCCAUCAGGAUAAGAAUGGUGCAGUUGAUAGUGAGGCAAUGUGGAAACCAGCCUAUGAUUUCAUGCUAACAUGGAGUAAUCAGAUGGGAGACAGUUACCGUGAUGUUACCCAAGAGCUGCACAUUGGUCUUGAUAAAAUGAAGAAUCCUAUUACAAAACGUUGGAAACAUCUGACUGGAACCCUAAUUUUAGUAAAUUCUUUGGAAAUAUUACGAGCAGCUGCUUUUAGCCCACAGGAAGAAUAUGAUGAUUAUGCCCUCUGAUGGAAAGUUUUGUCUCAUGCAGUCUUGUAUUUGUUAUUAGUUCAAGAAAAAGAGCUUCUGAAUAGCCAAAGUUUGGAGCAUGAUUCCUGAGCUAAAAAAAAUCAAUUUUCUUUUCCUCUUUGCAGAAGAUUCCAAAAUCUUAGUCUUUUACAUAUUCUGUACUGGACAACUUUCAUUAUGUUCAAAAUCAGACUUUUUAAAAACAUUUGGCAGUACUAGACUGAAAGCUCAAAUCAUUUUGAUAAAGACCUUGUCAUUUUUACAUAAUAUGGGAAACAGUUUCCUUCUUUUUAUAUUAACACUUUGAAUCAUUGAUAUAGAGAAGCACAAAUAUAUCUCCUUGUAGGAUUUGGAUUUUAAUGUGUUCUUGUGAGAAUUGCCUUUCAGUUCUUGCUCCAGCAUCUCUGUGAUCUUGUCAAUAAUGAUACAGUUCUGUAUGAUUUCUUUUUAUGUAAGAAAAGAUGGGCACACUUUUUUCAACUUAGCUGAUGUUUCUUACAUCACAAUUUAGCACUGCAAGUUAGUGUUCAUGUAAAAGACUUGUUUCACUCUUGUAUGCUUUAGAUCUAAGGGCAAAAAAGCGAAGUAAAGCAAAAACCCUAAACAAUUUUUGUUAAAAAUAAAUAAACCUUAAUGGAUGCCAUUUAUGGAUGGAAGUACUGCCUUCCUCCAUUAUCACAGAAGUUAUCUAACAAUAAUGUAUGCUUGUCAUCUCUAAUAGCAGAUUAGAUCUUCAGAAAUUUACAAUGUCAGGCUAUAUUUAAAAUAUGGAAGAUUGUUUUUUCUUGUUUUGGGACUAUAUCAAUUGAAAAUCAAAAGACAUAUCAUGUUAUUAAAUUAAAAAUAAAUAUAAAUAUAAAAAUUAGUAGGCUAGAGAAAAUUCUAAAUUUGAACUGUUUUUGUUAUCUAGAUA